AUGGGCAAAGGCACAGACAAGCUCUACAUUACCCACUCCGAGUGGUCGUCUUCCGACGCCUACUCCGCCAGCGUCGGCGCCGGUGCCUCGUCGCGCAACGGCAAAAGCGGCCUCCCCUUUCGCAAGCUGCCGUUCAACUUUUGCGCGGCGAGCCUGCAGCCCUUCAAGAACCCCGUGUGCACACCCGACGGCACCAUUUUCGAUGUCGAGGUCAUUGGCGCGUGGCUCGAGAAGCACCCGAACCAGAACCCCGUCGAUGGCGCGCCGCUGCAGAAGCGCGACCUCAUCAAGCUCAACUUUGCGCGAAAUGCCGAGAGCGACUCGCGCGGUGCGGGCCUGAGCGACUCCAAAGGCGAUCUCGUCGACCCCGUCACGUACAAGGUGUUUACCGACAACACGCACAUAGUCGCCAUCCGCCAUGGCACCUACGCAAACGCCUUUGCCUGGGACACGGUCGAGCGCAUGAACAUCAAGCCCAAGAUGUGGCAGGACCUCCUAGACGACGAGCCAUUUACCCGCGCCGACAUCAUCACGCUGCAGGACCCGCACAACGCCGCCAGCCGCAACCUGGAUCAGUUCAAGUACAUCAAGGACGGCGAGGGCGCACAGCUGAGCCGCGAUCAGGAAGAGGAGCGCAACGCCAGCGGAAUCAACGCCAGCGCCCUCGGCAGCAUGGGUGACAAGGUGCUCAAGGCAAAGGCGGCGGUCGACAAGGCGCGCAAGGCCCGCGAGGCCGGCGGCGACGUCAACCGCAGCUCGGGGGCGCUGGCCAAGACGGGUGGUGCUGGUGCGGUGUCGGCGGCGGUGCGCGAGAGCAUGAUCAAGGAGAAGAAGCUGGCGGCCAAGGCGGCGGCGUACACGACGGGGCGAGCCGCCGCGAGCUUCACCAGCACGGGUCUGACGCCGGAGACGAGCGGCGAGCGCGCGCUGCUCACCGACGAGGAGUUUAUGCUCAAGCCGAAGCGCGUCAAGAGCAAGGGCUACGCGCGUCUGGAGACGAACCUCGGCGACGUGACCCUGGAGCUGCACACGGACACGGCGCCCAAGGCGGUAUGGAACUUUAUCAAGCUUGCGCAAAAGGGCUACUACAAGGACGUGGCCUUUCACAGGAAUAUCCCCAACUUCAUGAUUCAGGGCGGCGAUCCCACGGGGACGGGGCGAGGCGGCGCCAGCAUCUGGGGAAAGUACUUUGACGAUGAAUUCGACGGACCCCUGACACACAAUGCUCGCGGCACAGUCUCCAUGGCCAACAAGGGCAAAAACACAAACUCGAGCCAGUUCUUCAUCGCCUACAAGGCCGUGCCGCACCUCGACCGCAAGCACACCAUCUUCGGCACCGUCGUGUCCGGGCUCGACGUGCUCGCCAAGAUGGAGGACGUGCCGACCGACGGCUCCAGCCGGCCCCUCAACAAGAUUGUCCUCCGCGACGUCGCCGUCUUCGUCGACCCCUUUGCCGACUUCCAGGCGCAGCACCAGCAGCAGGAACGCGACGCGGCGCGCCGCCUCGAGGUCGAGCGCCAGGGCGGCGAGGACGCCGACAGGACCACCUGGACGGGCAAGCGCAUCCGCGCAGACGGAUCCGUCGCCGCGGCGGACAGCAAGGAUACGGUGGGCAAGUAUCUGACGGCGACGGCGACGACGGCGACGGCGGCAGGUGACGGGGAGGCGGAGGAGUGGACGGAGCCGGAGCCGGCGCGGAAAAAGAUGCGUGGGACGGGCGGGUUCGGUAAUUUUGAUGGCUGGUGA